CGCAGCAGCGUGGAGCCCGGGAAUUGAGCGCCCCCGGGGGGUUCCAGCCGCCGGAUUCCAGCCCGGCCGGGGCCUUCGGGCGCCCAGAGCCGCGCCGUCCGCGCCGCCGGUCCCGGUUGGAGAUACUCCAUGACACACACUCGGAGGAAGUCCCUUCCCAUGCUGAGUUCUGGCCCCACUGGCCGCCAGGAGCCCCUGCCAAUGGAAGGCAGCAAUAUGGAGCAGACGGCGGAGGGCAUGGAGCCAGGCGUGCCCGAGAGCCCUGGGCACCUCACAGGGCGCCGCAAGAACUACCCACUGCGUAAACGCCCGUUGGUCCCUGAGAAACCCAAGGCCUGCAAAGUGCUGCUGACCCGCCUGGAGAGUGUGGCUGGUCCACGGAGUGCAGAUGAGGCUGACGAGUUGCCCCCUGACCUGCCCAAGCCCCCCAGCCCAGCUCCAUCCAGUGAGGACCCUGGCCUUGCCCAGCCCCGCAAGCGGCGCCUGGCCUCCCUCAACGCUGAGGCCCUAAAUAACCUACUGCUGGAGCGGGAGGACACCAGCAGCCUGGCGGGAACCCGCCGCAGUAGAGGGGGAGACCCCAGCCGCAGCCGGGACCGUGACCGGGCCACUGGGGGCUGGUCCUCCUCCAAGAAGCGGCCCCGGCUGGGGGAUCUUGGAGGAGGAAGUCGGGACUUGUCCCCAGAGCCAGCACCGGAUGAAGGUGCCCGUCGGGAUGGUGACCCAGCUCCCAAGAGACUGGCCAGCCUGAAUGCAGCCGCCUUCCUGAAGUUGAGCCAGGAGCGAGAGGUUCCCCUGCGCCCUCCUCGUGCCUACCCAGAAACAGACGGGCGUGCCACUGAGUCAGCGGCACCCAAGGUCCUGCGGCCAAAGUGGGCCAAGGUCAAUGGCAAGAACUAUCCCAAAGCCCGUCAGGGGUCUGGCUCUGGGGAGGCUACAGGCCCACCUGGCUGGCAAGGACACCCUGAGGGACCGUGGCCAUCUGCCACCCCUGAUGGGCCAUCUGUCCAGCCACCAUACCAGCCUCUGAGCAAGGCCCUGGAGAGCCCCUUGGGGCUGCGUCCCCGUCUGCCCCUACUGAUGGGCGGGCAGGCAGCCCUGAAGCCAGAGCCUGGGCGUCCAGGCGAGGAGUCACCUGCUCCCAAGCAGGAACUGCACCAGCCCUCUUUCCCUGCACCCCAGUUGUCCCCCCUGCCGAUGCCUGGCAACCCCGCCGAUUACAGUGGCCUGUGUGGUGGACCUGAGCUCACUGCACUAGGUAGCUUCUACCUAUAUUGUACCCAAGACGGGCUGCAGUGUGGGGGCUGCUCCCCCUGCCCCAUGCUGCCUGAGGGCAAGGUGUCUCCAGUGGCUGCACCUAAUGAGGGGCUUCUCGUGGCCCCAAGCUCAGUGCUUGCAGGCACCCCUUUCCAGCACCCUCCCUGGGGCUCCUCUCGAUACUGCUCUAGCGGGGACACUGGAGCAAAUGGAUACAGCCUCUGUGGAGUGUUGCCCCUGUCCCUCACCCAUGUUGGCACUACCUGUGGCGGCUGUCCCUACAAAAUGCCUUUUGCAGCAGAAGGCUGCAGGUCCCUGGGCCAGCUGGAGUUUCCUCUCCUGGAAGCUGGCCACCCAGCCUCACCUGCUCACCCCCUCUUGGGGUGCCCUGUGCCCAGUGUGCCACCUGCAGCAGAGCCUGUCCCCCAUCUUCAGACACCCACCUCGGAGCCCCAGACAGUAGCCCGCGCGUGCCCUCAGAGCGCCAAGCCUCCCAGCGGUUCCAAGUCUGGCCUGCGCACAGGUUCUGGCUGCAGACACACCGUGAGGAGCAAGACUGCCCGCAGGCCCAGCCACCCCAAGCAGUCACGCGUCCAGCGCCCACGUCCACGCCGCCGCCGCCGCCGCCGCACUAAUGGCUGGGUGCCCGUUGGGGCAGCCUGUGAGAAGGCUGUCUAUGUUUUGGAUGAACCGGAACCAGCCAUCCGAAAGAGCUACCAGGCAGUGGAGCGGCAUGGAGAGAUGAUCCGAGUCCGGGACACUGUCCUUCUCAAGUCAGGCCCGCGAAAGACAUCCACUCCUUAUGUGGCCAAGAUCUCUGCCCUCUGGGAGAACCCUGAAUCAGGAGAGCUGAUGAUGAGCCUCCUGUGGUAUUACAGACCCGAGCACUUACAGGGAGGCCGCAGUCCCAGCAUGCACGAGCCUUUGCAGAAUGAAGUCUUUGCAUCUCGACAUCAGGACCAGAACAGUGUGGCCUGCAUUGAGGAGAAGUGCUACGUGCUGACCUUUGCCGAGUACUGCAGAUUCUGUGCCAUGGCCAAGCGCCGAGGCGAGGGCCUCCCCAGCCGGAAGACAGCACUGGUGCCCCCCUCCGCGGACUACUCCACCCCACCACACCGCACGGUGCCCGAGGACACGGACCCUGAGCUGGUGUUUCUUUGCCGCCAUGUCUAUGACUUCCGCCAUGGCCGCAUCCUCAAGAACCCCCAGUAGCCUCCUCAUGCCCAGGCUGGGGCUGCCCACGAGCGAGUGGGGCUCGGGGCAGGGGCACUGCUUGAAGCACAGCACUUGGUUAAGGGGCCACAGGGGUCUGAGGUUGCUGGCCUGUGGUUCUCUUGCGGGGGUGGGGGGAGGGCAGGGGCCCCUACAGGUUUUGGGUCCCAUGGGGAGGGGAGGGGAGGCCAGGGUAUAAUAAAAGCAUCAGGGCUCUCAGCUUGGCCCAGGGUACCUCUCGGGUCCCCUGGUUGGAGACCCCUGAAGAAGCAGUCUUCUCCAAGGCUGGGCCAAGCCUGAGGGGCAUGGGGUCCUGGUGGGGGGAAGCAAGGUCCUUCAGGAAUCAGGCCCAGUAGACCCCUCUGCAGCCUCCCCUCAGGUCCCUUCAAGGGGGAGUGGGAGCCAGCUUUACCUCACCCACUGUGACCUGCUGCUUCCCCUUCAACCUGGGACCAGGCCCUCUGGGACUCUAGCACAGCUCUGAGCUUGUUCCUUUGAGUGAUAGAGAGCCAUAGUCUGGCCUCCAGAGCAUUGAUUUCCUCUUCUGGGCUUGGGCCUUUCCCUGACUUUCCUCCCUUGCUCCUGCAGCAGUGCCUGGUGCUGGGACAAGUUGACCAGGCUAUCGUAGUCAUGGGUGUGGCCAUUUGUCAGGGUUAGCUUCCUGUCUACCUCCCGGGAGGGCCACCCAGCAGGUCUGGCUUCCCAGAGGUUACCUGAUCAACAUGGGGCCUGUCAUGUCUGGGAGGUCAGAUGGGUGCUGGGAGGUGGUAGGGGCAGGGGGCAAGGAAAAUUGCUACCUGAUUUGAAGACUUUUCCUCUUGCCUUACACUUCGAGGUUCUAGAAACCUCCUGCAGAACUUCACACAUGACUCUUCAAGCCACACCCACCUGAAAUCAAACCAAAGGAGCGCUGUGGCUCCCUUUGCCCUGCCACUCCAUACCCUAGUCUUCUGUAGAUUGCACUAAUUUACAUCCCAGCGAGAAUCAACACUGUAUCAGUCCACAGACCUGCUGAGCUGCAGCCACUCACUCUAGGAGCUUUUCUGUUUGUUCCUGCUCCCCAGGGGCCCUGUUCUCACCUCAUACUGCUCCCCAGAAUAGAUUAGAAGUCUCAGCCCCCUGCCAUCCUUGCCUGGGUGUGGCCCUGGGGCUCCUUGUGAGGGGGCAGGAGAGGCCUAGUUAUUUCCUAUUUGUACCAAAGAGGAGCAUGGUUGGGAGAGGGAGUCAGUGCAGGUGGCUUGGGCCUGGUCACUGGGAACCUGCUAGCUGAGCACUUCCACGGGGCACACCUCUGGGGGCAGGAGCCCAGGAAGGCAACACUGGGCCCUGCUCCCCUGGGGAGGAGCCCACGGAGGCCCAGCAGGCUGAGGAGGUAGCACUGGGUGAGGACAGACAGUGGGGGGCUGGAGAAGGAGGUGGAAGUGAAUCUUGAGGGCACCCGAGCCACCCCCAGGCCCUGUGCUGUCCACGAAAAGACAGGCUGCUCUUGAUUGGUCCACCGGGCUUGGGUGAGGCCUGGAGGCUUCAGUGGUGAAUUUACGCUUGGGAAGCCCAGUCCGAAACCUGAAGGGGCGGGGGGGACUUGGGUCCCCUGUAUUGAGUAAGCUGUUUGGAGGAAAGGAUCAGUCUGGGAAGGUGGGGCCGUAAGAGAGGUUGGCAAAGUGGCAGUGGGGGCCCUGGAGACCCAGCCUAGGAGCCUGCUCAUUCCCAGGGUGCCAGCCCUUGAAGCCAAGGAACCUGGCCUGUCCCAGCAGGAGAGGACAUCCAGGCCCCUUCCAGGAGGCACAGUCUGCUGCCCAGAAAUUAGAUGCUUUGAAAUCUCUUAGAUGUGGAAAUAUUUUUUUCGAACCUGAAAAUGCAGCUGGUAGAAUAUCAAUGGAAACAUAAUCCAUGUAAAAUAUAUUUUAGUUGAUAUUUUGUAAAAUGCACUUUUUGUGUGUGUCGACCCUGGUUUCCCAGAUCUGUAUUUCAGUGUUUACAAGGGGGGGAGGACCUUUCCUCACCCGCCUUUUGACAGAGAUUAGAAGUACUUCUUUAAGAAAAAAAUAAAUUUGAGAAAUUGUAUUGAUUUAGAAAAGGA